AUGACGAUGAUUUCCCUUGGAAACGUCAUCUUUACCUUGACAUCUGCUCUGACAGCACCCGUCAAGCAAAACUCUCGGAAAGAGAGAGUGCAACAAGUGCGGAUGCCUGAUCCGAGCUGCUCUCAUGCGGUGCCAAUCUCUUCCCAUGCCUGUGUUCAGCGAUCCUUCAGCGGUGGUCUGCAAGCUGAUAGUAAGAGAGCAAUACAACACAUGGAUUAUCACCGGAAUGCGACAGAAUCAAAGAGGGACAGAUCAGAUACCGGAGUUUUCUGGUGGAAAUUCCGCCGUCGCCAUUUUGGCCAUGUUCUUCCGUGCUUGGCUGUGCAGGCUGUGGCACAGAACGUCACCGUUAUCACAUAUAGCCCGAAUUACACCCAAUACCGGUUCAGCUCUCUGACCAUUCUUGACGCCGAAGUCAUGUUCACCGAAAUGGAUUCGACGCCUGCAAAGGCCGAGGUUUCCGUACCAAGUCAUGACGACAAAGAAUACGGCACGGGAAGUGUACAGCCGGUUGUCGUCGACGAAGAAAAGCAACGUCCUUUGGCUCGACGCUUGCAAGGACGGCAUAUGCAGAUGAUUGCUCUAGGUCUCUUCGUGAGCAGUGGAAGUGCCUUGUCCACAGGCGGCCCGGCAGCACUGCUUAUCGGAUACAUCCUCAUCGGAUCCAUGAUGUGCUGUACGGUACAGUCACUCGGCGAGCUUGCGAUCAUGUAUCCGGUCAAUGGGGCAUUUUAUGAGUAUGCCGUGCGGUUCAUCGACCCAGCAUGGGGCUUUGCCAUGGGCUGGGAAUAUUCCCUCGGCUGGAUGAUCACACUGCCCUACGAGCUCACGGCUGCUAGCAUUACCAUCGCCUUUUGGAACGACAAGAUCGAUUCCGCAGUAUGGGUCGGUGUUUUCCUCGCAGCCCUUCUCUUAAUUCAAGUUUUUGGUGUGCGAGGAUAUGGCGAAGUGGAGUUUAUCCUGGCCAUGGUAAAAGUUAUCCCCUGCAUCGGCUUCAUCAUUCUUGGUAUCAUCAUCGAUUGCGGCGGCGUGCCAACCGACACGCGCGGCUACAUUGGUGGCAGAUAUUGGCAAGACCCUGGAGCGUUUAGGAAUGGGUUUCAGGGGUUCUGUUCUGUGUUCGUGACUGCAGUCAUCACCGUCUCGGUCCUCUCUGUCGCCAACUCUUGUACUUACGGCUCUACUCGCGUGUUACAAGCGCUGGCACAGAGCGGCAGGGCGCCUAAAUGCUUCGCUUUCGUCGAUCGAUCCGGUCGUCCAGUCUGGUGCAUUGCACUGCAAAUUGCUUUUGGAUUCCUUGCAUUCUUGAGCGAGGCAUCCACUGGCUCGACAGUCCUGGGUUGGUUUCUGGCGGUGACUUCGCUCUCUGGUCAAUUUGCCUAUGCAAGCGCCUGUCUGGCUCACAUUCGGUUCCGUCACGCGUGGAAGCAACAGGGACGGAGCCUGAGCGACAUUACCUGGCGCUCUCCCCUGGGAGUUUGGGGCUCUUACUGGGCACUGUUUAUUAUCUUCAUCUCGGUGGUGGCCACUUUAGGAAUUGGAUGCGCUCCCAUCGGAUCAUCCAUAAGCGCCAACUCUUUCUUCCAGAAUUGGCUUGCUCUGAUCAUCACCAUAAUGUUGUUCGUAUUUUGGAAAGUUUGGACUAAGCAAUACUUCAAGUUCGGAGUGGACCUUGACGCCGUCGAUCUUGACUAUGGUCGACGAAUAGAGACAGAGGACGAUCGUGUCUCUGUCGAGGCUUUGAAAAAUCGGCCUUGGUGGAAGAAGAUCGUGUGA